AUGUAUCACAGAAGAUUGCAGGAAGUGACAGAAAGUUCUCCGAAUGGAAAGAAAGAUAAUGGAGAAUAUUUCUUUCACCAGAGGUAUGAAGAUUACCCUCAGGGGCAGACCAACUGGCCUGACCAGUCUUUCUGCAGGUGGGGCCUCUUCUCUCUCUAUAAAUAUCCAGCAGGAAUCUGGGAUAAUACACAGUCUACAGAUCAACACCAACUCUCCGUUGUGGUGACCAAGACACAAGACUACAACAUGAAAUCCACAUUGAUCCUUGCUGUGAUCGCCAGUCUCUUGAUGUGUCAGCUCACCUCUGCAGCUAACGAUCAAAUCUGUAACUUAUCUGUCCAGAGGGGACCAUGCAAGGGGAACAUUUCUCGCUAUUACUAUAACAGAAACACAGGCGAAUGCGAACAAUUCACCUUUGGCGGUUGUGUAGGAAAUAAAAACAACUUUGAUACUAAGAGUUCCUGCGAGAAUACCUGCAAAUCAACAUCUGCCCUGUCCCUGUGUAACUCAGUGACCACCACUGGGGCCGCAAAAAACAGCUGUGCUGCGAGUGGGAGGUGUUUGAGCAGGGAACUAGGACCUCAGCUGCGGAGUAAGCCACCUGCAUUUGCUGAUGCAGCUUCUAUAGUUCUGGCUGCAGGUCCCCACAGGCGCCGGCAGAGUGAUCUACAUCUGCACUCCGCUCCCCCCCCCUCCGGCCUCUCUCUCCUUUGGAAUGAAAGCAGUGGACUGGAGCCUGGAGAGCAGCAUACAAGUGGCUUCAGCCUGCUGCUAGAUCGAGAUCAAAUCUGUAACUUACCUUCAGCGAAGGGACAUUGCAUGGCGUACAUGAAACGUUUUUUCUAUGACAGAAACACAGGCGAAUGCAAAAUGUUCAUCUAUGGUGGUUGUCAAGGAAAUAGUAACAACUUUCCUACUAAGAGUUCCUGCGAGGAUACCUGCAAAUGAG